AUGAGUACCGGGAAAAGCAAGUCAGAGCCGCUGUCCGCCAGGUUGAAGAAGUUAUCAAAGCAAGAAUUAAACAAACGUGAUGUCUUUGGAAGAACAAUCAUUCAUAUCAUUUGUAUCUUGGGUAGAUUUGAUCUAUUGAAAUACUUAUUACAGAAUAAUAACCUAAAUAUCUUCAUAGUUGAUUAUGAAAGUGGUUGGACUGGGUUACACCAUUCCAUCUUUUAUGGUAAAAUUUCUUGUGCAAGGUUAUUAUUAGACAAUUGUUCAGAUUUGAUCAAGGUUAAAGAUAGAAAUGGGUUAACAGCUAUUGAUAUUUAUCAUUUGAAAUAUUCUUAUCAAAAUCUAAAUAUCUUCCCAAGUUCAAUAGGUGUUCAUGAUACAAAUUAUUCUUCUAGAAAAAACAAUGAUAACGUUAAUACCAUCCCUGAUAAAAUAUGGUGGGAUAGAGAUAUACGCGGUGGCUCUGAAGUGUUUACAUUUGGGAUAAAUGUUAAUAAUCACUUGGGUACUGGUGAUUCCGAUGAUAAAUUGAAUACUCCACAUAGAGUUAAUAUUGAAAACAAAAGAUUACAAGAUUAUACAUUAUCUAUUGCAGAUAGAUUAGUUAAACCAAGGAUUAAAGAGAUAAAAAUUUCUAAGAAUCAUUCAGUUCUAUUAACAAAUGAACAUAAACAAAAUAUACUAGUUGCUGGUAACCCAUCGAGAGGUCGGUUAGGCCAUGGUUCAUCAGUGCCAAAUUAUAGAUUUACACAUUUGGAUUAUUUCACGGAUGAACAUAUUAUUGACGUUGCAAUUAGUGAUGAUCAUACAUUAGCUCUAACAUCAGAUGGUGAAGUUUACUCUUGGGGGUUAAAUAAUUAUUUUGAACUAGGCUACCCAACUGAACGUAUUAAAGAAAAAAUUGACACUUUUUCAAAUGAACCAAGAAGAGUUUUACAAGGUUUGAAAAAAUUGAAAAUAAAAGGAAUAGCAUGCUCCAAGAUCCAUUCUGCUGCUUUUACAGAUAAUUUGCUAGUAUUAUGGGGGUUGAAUGUUGGCCAAAUGGAUUUUGUUUCGUAUGGUGAAACUGUCAAACAUGGGAAAUUGAAAGGUGUUGUUCAAGUUCCAAGAAAAUUAGAGUUUCCAAAUAAUAUUAAACAAGUUAUCACAACAGAUACAGCUACUAUUGUCUUGUUAGUUACUGAUGAAUGUCAUAUUUUGACUAAUGGUUCUCAUCUAAGGUUCCAAUUACCAUUAUUCAAAACAUUAAAUAAUGAAUUUGAGUAUUUUAGACCAACAAAAUUUUCCAAGAAGAAGAAAAUUAUCAAGCUAGUUUCAAAAGAUUGUACAAAAAUUGGUAUUUUGUAUGAUGAUGGUUCUGUUUCAAAUUUUGGUGUUGAUAUUUUUUCAAAAGCUUCAAAUAUCAAAUAUAAUACAGUUUGGUCUCCAAGAAACACACAUCUAAAAUGUCAUGAUGUUGAUAUUGGUCAAGAUGGGUCUAUUGUUAUUUGUACAAAAGCUGGAGCAGUUUAUAAACGUAUUUCAAGAAUGAGUGGGAAAUCUGAUUAUAAAUUUACCAAAAUUGCAAGGAUCUCAAAAAUUGUUAAAGUUAGUUGUGAUUCCUUAUUUAGUUCAUUUGGGUUUAUAAAAGAUGAUGUCGAUCAAUUACCAUUAGAUCUUGCCAAAAACCAGUUCUUAGUUGAUAUCAAUUAUCUUUCACCAUUAACACCUUCAAUUGCAAAUAGAAGACAAGCACAAUUGAUUGAUUUGGAUAAUUCGGAAAGAUAUGUUGUGAAUUAUUUGAAUAAACCACAUUUAGAUGAAUCAGAUGAAAUUGAUCCAUUGAAAUUAUUCAAAAAUAAUUUUGACAUUGAGGAUGAUGAGAAAAAAUCGGAAGAUGAUCCUUUAUUCAAUGAUUAUAUUAAUAGAUGGGACUCACCUCAAAAGAUUCAAAGCACUUUUGAAAAAUUAGAUAUUGAAAACAUUUCAAAUGUUUUACAAAAGAAGGACCUGAAGUAUUAUUUGAUCACAAAUGAUUUCAAGGAUGGCAAAAAUUAUGAUUUGGAGUUUGAAAUUGACGAUUGUUUAGUUGGUGUCCAUAAAUCCAUAUUGUUCUUCAUCCCUCAAUUUCAUGAAAUUUUUAAAUCAAACGUUGUUAUUGGUGAUGUUGUCUUUGGAAAAGUUGAGGAUAAUAUCAUCAAAGUCUCAAACUUACACUUGCAAUCUUUACUAAUCAUUUUGAAUUUCUUAUAUACAGGAAGUUUCAUCAAGAUAUGGGAUCAAUUCACAGCUAGUAAUACACCACCAUUAUUGAGAGAGGUUAAGCAACAAACUUUAGAAUUGAUGAAAUCUUUUGGAUUGAUUAAUGAAUUACAAAGACCAACUUACAACAUUUUUGAGAAAUUCAACAGUUUUGAAAACUUUGAGAAUGAUGUUCUGAUCAAACUGAAAGAUGAUGAAGAAAUUGGUUGUUGUUCAUAUAUUAUGGCUGCAAGAAAUGCUUAUUUUGAAACAUUAUUUUCAGAAAGAUGGGAUGGUUGUAAAACAUUGGAAUUUUUACAUACUUCUAAGCAAGUUUUUGAAAUUGCUCUGAGGUAUAUUUAUGGGUAUGAACAAUUGUCAAUUUUGGAUCAUAUGGUUGAGCUGACCAGUAUUUCUGAGUUUAUCAAUUUACAAUUUGAAGUUAUUGAAUUGAGUGAUGAAUUAAUGUUAUUUGGGUUGAAAGAUUUGGCACAGUUGAUGAUCAAAGAUUUUAUCACUCAAGAUAAUGCCUUGUUAAUUCUACACCAUGCUGAAUUAUUAAAUUGUAAUAUGUUGAUUGGUGAAUGCUUGUGGUUUAUUUACAAUAAUGUUGAAUUGUUCUUAUUUGAUAGUCAUUAUGAAGAUCUAUUAUCGCAGAAUAUAAUCAAGAGAAUUGAUAGCUAUUUCAGAUGGAUGAAUCGUGUUAAUAAGAUCCAAUCAAGUGAUGGGUUAAGUUAUUGGUAUGAUGAGGAUUCAGGUGAAGCAGUCAAGAAGUUUUUGAACAACAGUAAGGAUUUCAACAAUCAUUUCCUUGAAGAUAAUUCCUUUGAACCAUUAUUUGACAUCAAACAAGUCAAGAAAGAUGUAAAAACAUCACCUAAAUUAGAACCAAAGAAAAAUAAAUUACCAUCACCUCCACCAAUUGUCAAUACCGAGAAGAAGAAAUCUGUCUCAAUUGAUCCAUUAGUUAGUUCACAUUGGUCUAGAAAAACUAGUCAAGUUGAUUCAUCAUCAGCAAUUGAGUUCACAGAUGAAGAUUUCCAACCAGUUGUUAGUCGUCGCAGAAGGUCAUCCGCAAAGAGAGCAUCAGUCUCAACACCAACUGCCCCAUCACCAUUAGCGAAUCCAACACCAAAUUUGAAUUCAACACCAUCAAAAAACAUUCCAAUACCUCAAAGUAAGCCUAUUUAUGGCCACAGAAAUAGCAGUGUCAGUUCAUUAGUGGAUAAUAUGUGGCCUGAUAUGAAUGGUGGAUCCUCACCUGGUGGGUUAAGUCCAAUGUCCAAUUGGGCUAAUAGUUCAACUACAAGUUUAAAUGGUGCUGGUUCUCCAUCUUUGAAAAAAAUAUGGGUAGAACAACCUUUAAUUUCACCACCUUCAAGUUCUUCAUCUACAAGCAAAAUUAAUUUCAAUAAUGGUGCUGGUAAGAUGUCACAAAAGGAGAGAAAAAGAAUGAUGAAAUCAAAUGAACCUGAAUCCACACCAUCCAAGUCAAAACCUUCAACUCCAUGGAGUGCACCAAAAGACACAUCAUCCAAGAAAAAUGUUUCAUCAUUGUUAGCUGCUCAAGAAGAUGCAUUAGCUGCCGAGAAGAGAACACCAUCACUGGCCGGUAUUAUUCAUGAAGAAGAGCAUAGAGUUUUGGAGGAUGUUAUAAAUGAAACCAGAAGCAAGAGCUUAGCAGAAAUCCAACAAGAGGAAGAAUUUGCAUCUUGGUGGGAAGCUGAAUCUAAGAAGGUUCAACAACAGAUGAAUGUAUUGAAUAGGAUCAAUGGCGAUGAUAAACCAAAAGGACAACAAAAAAAGAAGAAUUUUAGUUCGAGAAAUAGGAAAAGGUCAGUCAAUUAA